UUGAAACAAUAUUUUUUCUGCUUCUGUUUUUGAUUUGAUGGUUUAAACUUGUGUGCAGCUGUUCCAGAGCUUUCUGUCAGCUGACACCUCCCUCAGAUUGUUGUGUCUCCCCCGAUGAUGUCAGCAGGGGUAAACGUGACCUCACUGCCCAUCCUGGUGACAUCAGUGACCCUGGACGGCCUGGCGCAGCUGUCCAAUCAGCGGCUCUUCUUCUUCUUCUUCUUCCUGUGCGCCUACCUGUUCAUGCUGUGCAGCGACAGCCUGGUGGUCUACGUGAUCUGCUCCCAGCGGAGCCUCCACCGCCCCAUGUUUGUGUUUGUGGCGGCUGUGCUGAUGAACUCUGUGGCGGGCAGCACGGUGUUUUACCCCAAACUUCUGGUGGACCUGCUGAGGGGGGUCCGCUCAGUGCAGGUGACCCUGCCUGGGUGCAUGUGUGAGGCCUGGCUUUUAUAUUCAUCGGGCACCUCCAGCUUCCUACUGCUAGCAGCCAUGUCCUUUGACCGGUAUGUGUCCAUCUGCCGCCCGCUGCUCUACACCGUUGUCAUGUCUCCAGCCACAGUGCUGGCACUGCUGCUGCUCUGCUGGCUGCUGCCUGUCGGGCUGGUCGGCACUGCGGUGCUGCUGGCGAUCCGCCUGCCGCUCUGCCGCUCGCAGCUCAGCAGGAUCUACUGCGACAUCUACAGCCUGGUCAGUCUGAGCUGUGGUGGUCGUGAGACACUGCUGAGCGAAGUCUAUAACCUCUCGGUCAUCGUAGCUACUGUCCUGCUGCCCGCCAUCUUUGUGCUCUUCUCUUACAGCGCCGUCCUGUCCGUCUGCCUGCGGCGCUCGCGCAGCUCCAGCAACAAAGCACUGAGCACGUGCCUGCCGCACCUGCUCGUCUUCUGUAACUACAGCGUGAGCUCCGGGGUGGAGGUGCUGCAGCGCCGCCUACAGGCCGGCAGUCAGCCCACAGCCUCCGUCCUCACCUCCAUCCUCCAGGUGAUGAUCCCAACUGUGUUCAACCCGGUGGUGUAUGGCCUAAAGGUGACGGAGAUCAGGGCUCAGCUGAGGAGGCUGCUGGGCUGCCAGAGAGCUGAUUGA